ACAUUAAACUUCAACGCGAAGUCGAAGAUGAUGACGAAGAAUCCGUAGUUGGGCCUGUUAUUGCGCCAUUUUUCCCUCAUAAAAAGGAUGAAGGAUGGUGGAUUGUUAUCGGGGACACUUCUAAAAACUUGUUACUUGGUAUUAAGCGUAUCACUUUGAAUAAGUCGUUAAAUGUGAAAUUGGACUUUACUUGCCCUUCGGAAGCUGGUGAACACCUUUUAAAAAUUUAUUUUAUGUCAGACUCGUACAUGGGAUGUGAUCAAGAGUUUGAUCUUCAAAUAACA